UCUACCAGAGAGAGAGAGAGAGAGAGAGAGAGAGAGAGAGAGAGAUGGAAAAGAGCAAAGUGCUAAUUGUAGGUGGAACUGGGUAUCUGGGUAAGAGGUUGGUAAAGGCUAGUUUAGCUCAAGGACAUGAGACAUACAUCCUCUACAGACCUGAGAUUGGUGUAGACAUUGAGAAAGUUCAAAUGCUUCUGUCAUUUAAGGAGCAAGGAGCUCACCUUGUGUCAGGUUCCUUUAGCGACCAGCAGAGCCUUGUCAAUGCAGUGAAAUUAGUUGAUGUUGUUAUCUGUGCAAUAUCUGGGGUUCACAUUCGCAGUCACCAAAUUCUCCUCCAACUUAAGCUUGUUGAUGCAAUUAAAGAGGCUGGCAAUGUCAAGAGAUUUCUGCCCUCUGAGUUUGGGACGGAUCCUGCAAGAAUGGAACAUGCAUUAGAACCUGGAAGAGUGACAUUUGAUGACAAAAUGGUGGUAAGGAAAGCCAUCCAAGAAGCAAACAUUCCUUUCACGUAUGUUUCUGCAAACUGUUUUGCUGGUUACUUUCUUGGCGGUCUGUGCGAGCCAGGCAGGAUCAUUCCUUCUAGGGAUUCAGUGUUCUUGUUGGGAGAUGGCAACACCAAAGCAAUUUAUGUUGAUGAAGAUGAUAUUGCCACGUACACUAUCAAAACCAUAGACGACCCUCGAGCUCUCAACAAGACAAUAUACAUCAGGCCCCCAAAAAACAUUCUAUCUCAAAGAGAAGUUGUUGAGAUUUGGGAGAAAUUGAUCGGCAAAGACUUGCACAAGUCUUCCAUAUCCGAGCAAGAGUUUCUAGCUUCCUUAGAAGGACAAGAGUAUGCAGAGCAAGUUGGAUUAGUGCAUUACUACCAUGUUUGCUACGAGGGAUGUCUAACAAAUUUCGAGAUUAAUGGAAAAGAUGAAAGAGAAGCUUCUGAGCUUUAUCCGGAGGUGAACUACACUACUGUGGAGGAUUACAUGAGACGUUAUUUGUAACAUUUAUAAGUAAAAAUUGUAUUAUUGAUGCAUAAAUAUGGUUUGGA